GUGAUUGCCCAAGUUCCAGGCCUUGUAUCUCCUGUUAUACACUGGGUUUACGACCUUUAAAUCAGAAUCCAGCAGAUAAUCUCAAAGCAGCCGGAAAUGGAUGAUCGCACCGGAAUGGUUCCCCAACAUUCGGGAAGAAACAUACUACCUUGCUCGCCAUUCUUCACGCGAUUGCUACGAAUAGCAACCUAUGGCACUAAUCAAACAGCUAUACGUGAUCUACGGACAGGGGCGGUGAAGUCAUACCUGGAUCUACUCAGCGAUGCCCUCAGUCUACGAGAAAGGCUCCUUAAUCAGCUUUCUCCGCACGUAUUGAGGGCACUCGAUGCAGGUGACGAGGUAUACAUUUGCAUAUUCGUGCCCGGGUGUUACGAAUACGCCGUGGCUGUGCUCGCCGUCAUUGCCCUGGGCGCCGCUGCCGUACCCCUAGCUGCUGUGCUCCCCGUCGAAGAAGCCAUCUACUUUGUACAUAAGAGCAAGAGUCCACUCGUUAUCGUCUCGAAUGCUACGCGCCAAAGGGGAAACGAAGUAAGCCAACUACUCAAUCAGAGACACGCGGACACAGCACAGGGAAAGAAUUUCAAGUCUGUCCCUGUUGAGCCAUGUGUUGGCACAAACCCGUUACAAGUCGAGGACAUAUACAUCAGCUCCAACCGUUAUCUGGAUGAUAACGCAGCUGGUUUCGUCAUCUUCACAUCUGGUACCACAGGCCCUCCCAAGGGCGCCGUCAUGCGUCGCGCCUACCUGCACGACACCGCCCUCGGCGUCGUAAAGCACUUCACCAUGAAUGCAGCCUCCGUCCUCCUCCACGUCCUUCCCGUACACCACGCCACCGGUGUCGGCCUCAUAUUCUUCCCGGCGCUCAUGGCCGGCGCCACGCUUGAGUUCCGCAGUGGCUCCUUCGACGAAACCUGGCUCUGGACGCGAAUUCGCGACGCGGCCGUAAGCAGAGACCAAGCAAUGCGCCUGACGCAUUUCUCCGCCGUACCCACCAUAUACAUGCGCAUGAUGCGUUUUUUUCAGAAUACCCUUAGCAAGCAGGCGAAUAGCGCUGAAUACGUCCAGGGCGCUCGGCAGCUCACAGCAUUGAUGUGCGGCACGUCUGCAUUGCCGUGGCCUGUGGAUGACUUCUGGACGCGGCUGCUGGGCCAGAAGAUCAUUCAGCGGUACGGAGCUACGGAGAUCGGAGCGGUGAUUAAGGUGCGCAUGGGCGUCGGGGCGGUGCCGCAUGGCUCGGUGGGAGAGCGCGUAAUGGGCGUGGAUAUCAAGCUUUCGGAGGGCGACGAGGGAGAAAUGUUGAUCAAAAGCCCGUAUAUGUUUUCCAAGUACUUGUUUGACGCAGAAGCAACGCGGAACGCGCACGAAAAUGACGGCUACUACAAGACUGGCGAUAUUGCUCGCCGCGAGGGAAGAUUCUACUUCAUCCUCGGCCGCGCGUCCCAGGACAUCAUAAAGUCUGGCGGCUACAAGAUCUCGGCGUUGGACAUUGAGCGCGAGAUUCUCGCCUUGCCAUUCGUUUCCGAAGUCACCGUCGUGGGCGUCGCAGAUGCAGAGUAUGGUCAACGAGUGGCUGCGGCUAUAACGCUGCGGCAGGAGGGCAUGGUGCAGAAUUUUCGGGAGACCCAUGGUGAGGGCCCGCACUUAUUGUCGAUAUAUGCAUUACGAGAGGAUCUCAAGACAAGACUGGCAGGGUACAAGUUGCCUACGUUGUUACGAGUUGUCGAGGGCGAACUGCCGAAGUCUGCGACCGGGAAGGUUGGCAAGAAGACGCUGGGGCCGCAAUAUUUUCCAGAAAACUAUGAGAGGCAUGAGGAGAUACAAGUAUGGAGACACGUAAAGACGAAAUUGUGACUAGUCUCUUAUGGACUAUUGGCUGUGCUGAAAAUGUACUGAAACUUCCGCCGCCGCUUUAAGUGUCUUCCAGCGACCCGAUUUUGUCGCCGUUGCCCUUUUCCAUGCUUCUACAGAUCGCCAUGUCACAGUCUGAUCUUGCGAGAUAUUUCACUUCGUGCAUACGGCGUCCGAUCUCAUCGCAUCUAGCAAUAGCUCGAGUUUUCUCGUGAACUGUACCUUCAGCAUUUUCAAACCAAGUUACGACGUGAAGCAAACCCUACCUAGAAAAUUAUCUAGCUAUUAAAGUAAGAUCGCGCUACGAAACCAG